AUGUGGCUUCCAAGAAAACAGGACGUGUGUGUGGUGCUGAUGCUGAUUAGCAUGGGCCAAGCUGUGUUGAUUGUAGGGCCCAAGUCCCUUCGUGCCAAUCGAGACUACACGGUGGUGAUCAGUAAUUUCUUUGGUGAAGUGACAGAUGCUGAACUACUGCUGCGCUUGGAAGGACGGGAUGCGAAUAACCAAGUGCUCUUUGCUGUCGAAAAACCCGUUGAAGUGCUACAAAAUACCAACGAGAUCAUCAGUUUCCAGAUACCGCUUAUCGUAUCGCCUGGUAUCUACAAAAUGAUCAUAGAAGGAGUGAAUAGCUUCGUCUAUCAUGAUGAAAUUGAGCUAGAGUAUUUGCACAAAUCCAUCUCCGGAUUGAUACAGCUCAGGCAGCCCGUCUAUAAACCAGGAGAUAGCGUUCAGUUCCGUGUGAUUGUGCUGGAUCCCGAUUUGAAGCCACCAUCAGGCCUUAAGAUGGUGACCGUGACCGUGCAGGACUCGGUCGGUAACAUCAUUCGUAAAUGGUCCGAUGCACAACUGUACAACGGAGUGUUUGAAGGGCAAUUGGACAUAGCUCCUUCGCCUCUUCUGGGGACAUACAACAUCAUCGCUAAGGCAAACGACGAGGAAUUGGUUUCCAAGACGUUCGAAGUGAAGGAGUACGUACUGCCCACGUUCAAGAUGGACGUCCUCCCAACCGUGACGCCACUUGAAGAGCACCAGGCGCUUAAUCUUACGAUAGUGGCCAAAUACUACGUCGGCAAUCCUGCCAUUGGUAGAGUGAAGAUUCAGCUUUAUGACGGAGAUAACAAUUUGGAACUAUCAAAGGAAUAUGACGUGAACGGAAUGCUGCAGGUUCACCUCCCCUUUACCAACGAAUUGAUCCUUUACGGAGAACAAGAAAAUGUUAGGGUGAACGUUACCUUCACCGAGCGGAACACAAAUGAACUCGAAAUGACUAUUGAACUGAAACGAGCUAAUGCGCAACAUGAACUAAGACCCAAUAGUACAAUAAACAUUAUCGUCAAUGGCCGUCCAAAGUCGUACGUGGCGCUUGCAUCAUACGAUCGUAGUUUGCUGGAACUGGGCAAAGAUCACGAUAUCAGCAAUCUCAAAUGGGAAGAUGUUUUAAAGCUAUUCAAUGAACAUGAUGGAGCUGGUGCUACUUCUUUAUUCGAGGAUAUAGGUGUAUUCAUUCGGGCAAACGGUUUGAAAAUUGAAGAAGGCCAGCUCGAUCCCACUUUCAGGACUGAUUUUCUGGAAUCAUGGUUGUGGAAGAACAUCACAUUGCCCACGAACGGUUCAUUCAUGGUGGAGGCGGUAAUUCCUGACACUAUAACAACCUGGUACUUAACUGGCUUCUCCAUCCAUCCCGUGUACGGAUUUGAAAUCAUCAAGACACCCCUUCAGCUCACCACCGGCAAACCGUUCUACAUUGUCGAUCAUCUGCCAUAUUCAAUCAAACGUGGUGAAGUGGUACCCUUGCACUUUACUUUGUUUAACACGCUCAACACUGAGUACACAGCUGAUGUGACGAUGUUCAAUGUAGAAGAUGAAAUUCAAUUCAUCGAUCAACCAGCAGAUGCCAAAAACCGCACAAAAACCGUUUCCGUUCCACCGAACGUUGGUUAUCCAAUUUCCUUCCUGGUUAAAGCAAAGAAGUUGGGCGAUAUAACUGUUCGUGUAAAGGCAUCCACCAUACGGGGUCUGGAGAACGAUGCGAUCGAGAAGAUUAUUCGUGUGACGCCAGAAAGUUUGGAAAUAGCAGAUGUGAAAUCACAGUUCUUCUGUUUCAGCGAACCGAACAGUCAAACGUACGAAAUUGUGUUGCCAAUCAAUAGGAAGAGUGAUUUGAAUUCAGUGGAGAUUAAUUUUUCUCUCGAUCCGAACCUGCUAACGGAUGUAGUUGAUAACUUGCAAAAUCUACUGGCCGUGCCGUCUGGCAGUGGAGAGACAAAUAUGAUCAAAUUCGUGCCAAACAUCAUGGUGCUGGAUUACAUGAUGGCUACUGGAUCGAAACAACAUGAUAUUAUCAAAAAGGCGAAAGAAUAUCUGCAGACAGGGUACCGAAACCAAAUGAACUAUCGACAAACAGACGGGUCCUUUGCUGAUUCAAGAAAAAGUGGAGGAAGUGUAUUUCUAACUGCGUUUGUCGCUAAAGCAAUACAAACUGCUGCCAAGUAUAUCUACGUGGACGAAAAUCAGGUGCCUAGGGCUUAUGAUUGGUUGUCGUCUAAGCAACUAUCGAAUGGCAGGUACGUCGAAGUAGGUUCAAUCGCCCACCAAGAUAUGCAGGGUGGACUACGGCAAGGACUGGCAUUGACAUCUUACGUAAUGAUCGCAUUUCUCGAGAAUGCAGAACAAGCAACAAGACAUCACACCGUUGUCGCACGCGGGAUGAAGUAUAUUGCUGAUAACCUCGAAUGGAUGACAGAUUCCUACGAUUUAGCUAUUGCUACUUAUGCGUUAUGUUUGAAUAACCAUUACAAGAAACCCCGUGCUCUAGAGAAACUGAUUGGCCGUUCCGUUGAGACUGGAAACGGUACCCAGCGCUACUGGCCGAGGAGUGCCCAUAAAAUCGAGACUACAGCGUAUGCACUGCUAUCAUUCAUAGAGGCCAAAGAGUAUUCUAUUGGUAUCGCCAUCUUACGCUGGUUGGUGAACCAGCGAUACACAACGGGUAGUUUUCCUCGCACCCAGGAAACGUUCGUUGGUUUGAAAGCACUGACAAAACUUUCGGAAAUAGUUAAUCCUGCUAAGAAUGAGUACGAUAUGUAUCUUACGUACAAGGAUGUAACAAAGCAGCAUCGUUUUGACUCGUAUAAUAUUGAAAAAGUUGAGUAUAAUAAUCUACGGAGCACAACAAGAAUUAUAACAAUGACCAUCGCCGGUCAAGGAUCGGGGUUAAUACAAGUGGCCUACAAAUACCACUUGAACCUGGUGAACUUUGAGAGAAGUUUCGAACUAGCCGUCAACAAAACCGACACAGACUCAGACGCAGUUUUGAAGUUAGACGUUUGUACCAGCUUUAUACCUAAACUUUCGGAUCAACGUUCGAACAUGGCGCUGGUUGAGGUAAACCUGCCGAGUGGCUACGUAACAGCGACCGGGCUAAUUGUUGAAAAACCCGGCAUCAACCCGAUAAGGAAAAGGGAGAUCCUGUACGGAGCUACGACUGCUGUGCUGUACUAUGACAAUAUGGGUAUCGAGAAGAACUGCUUCACGAUCACUGCACACAAACGGAUGAAGGAGGCAAUCAGGAGACCUUCUUAUGUGACAGUACACGACUAUUAUUAUCCAGAGUACAACGCAAUCCAGAUUUACGAGUAA